CGGGAAAUUAAACAAGAUGGCGGAGUGUUAGCGGUAGCGGACUACUUCAGCUGUGAAAAGCAAAAAACUCCGGCCUGUGUUUAUCCGUGUAGUUCAUGCACUUUGACUGGCGAUUUCGUUGAGAAAACUAUUUAAGUCUCACUUGUUUUUACAAGGCAAAAAGGGAAGCGAGGAAUAGAGUUUAAAAAUGGUUGUUUCUUCUGAACAAAAACGGAAUCUUCCAUGGUAAGUUGGGUGGUGUGCGACAGUACAAGCAGACCGCCGACCUGCAGACUGGCAGGUAAACACGGUUAGCAUGUAGUGUUUUGAAAUUAGGUGACAACUACUCCUAUCCAUAAACGUUAAGUCGUUUCAAAGUCUUGGGACAGUUCUCGGAGGAUUUCACAACAUUGUUCACCGUGUUUAUCUUUUCUGUCUUCAAGUCUGUAGUCUUCAUUGUUCUCACACUUUUGAUAUCAAAGUAAAGAAUGUUCAUACCUGGACGGAUUUUUGCAAAAGUUAUUCUUGAAUCUAUCUCGAGUUUCCUCAUUAGACACGAGAUGGUCACAUUGAUGUCAAUUUCACUAUAACCAUUAAUAGUACUAUCUCUUAAAAUAGGGCAUAUAAGACCUAAGACCUAAGACCUAAGACCCGGAAAACUAAGACCCGGAAAACUAAGACCCAGUGGUAAAAUGAAUGAAAUGAAUGCACACUUACAAAUAACAAUUUAAGGUUAAAAGGGGUUGACAGGCUAAACACGACUCCCGCUGUUUCGUGAUGUAAUAGGUCUUUGACCUUUAGAGUUUAGCUCUAACAAGUAUGUCUUUUAGAGAUUUUCCUCUCGUGUAGGAGAUGAGAGGUGGUUCUCUGUAUAUUUCUCUCAGCAUUGGUUGGUUUUCGAUUAAAUGCCACUUGCUCAUUAAAAUAUUAAAAGGUUAGGCACUGAUGGAUUGUACUGUGUGACAAAAGGCAUUAAUCCGUUUUUCACUUUUUGCGGUUUUUGUUGAAGUGCCGACUUUCUAUCUGUAAAUUUGACCUCUGCGAGGACUUUGUUUACCAGAUUAUCUGGAUAGCCUCGGACACGCAAGUGUGAUCUGAAAUUUUUAACGUUUUCUUCAAAUGUUGCCUUUGAAGAGUUGGUUCUAAGGAGCCUAAGGGCUUUGCCUUUCAUAAAUCCUUUUUUCACACCUGGAGCGUGACAGGAGGAAAAAUGCGUGUAUUGAAAUGUCUCAGUCGGUUUAAAGUGCGUACGGAUGUCAAAGAUUGAAUCUUUGUAGAAUCUCUCGCCUUUAAAGAUAGUAGUGUCUAGGAAGUUUGUUUUCUCCUCUGAUAUUUCAGCCAUGAAUUUUAUGGUAGGAUGGUGCCUGUUUGCUUCUAAAAUGAAUUGGUCUAUUUCCUCUCUGUUUGUGUCCCACAGGGAGAACACGUCAUCGAUGUAUCUUUUCCACUCGAGAGGUUUUAUCUUGCUUUUAUUGAUAAUUUCUGUUUCUACCGCGGACAUAAAGAUGUUGGCAAAAGCAACUGCCACUUUUGUUCCCAUUGCGGUACCAUGAGUCUGGAGAUAGUUUCUUCCAUUGAACUGGAAGGAGUUCUCCUGUAGUAUAAGUCUAAGCAAGCCUCUGAGUGAAUUUGUAGGAAUGGGUGUGUCGUUCUUAUAGAAGGCUUCAUAUGCUUUGCAUACAGUGUUUAUUCCUUCUUCUUGAGGAAUAUUGGUGUACAGGCUGGUAACAUCCAUUGAAACUAGGAUCGCGUUGUUUGGAACUUUCCUCUUUUCUAUAAAGUUGAUAAACUGAGUGGUAUCUUUGAGGUUGGAUUUUUGUACUUUAGUGAUAGGCUGUAGGAUGUGGUCUAAAAAUGAUGAUAUACGUUCUCUUGGGCCAUCGCAGCCCGAAAUUAUAGGUCUGCCAGUUAAAACUGGUUUGUGAAUCUUUGUUAGCGUGUAAAAUAAUGGUAUACGCGGUGGGCUAGGUGUUUGAGAAAGCCACUUCUUGGUCAUUGCGUCUAUAUGAUUUCCCUGGUGGAGAUCAUUGAUUAUCUCUUCAACCCUUCGAGAGGUUUCUUGGACCAUUGGUGUUUCGAGGGGCAUGUAGUUUUUUCUAUCAUCAAGCUGAACUUGGCCCUCUUGUAUUUUAUCUGUUUUGUUCCUGAUGACCGUUGUUGUGCCCUUGUCUGCCUUUUUUAUGAUUACUUCUGAGUUUGAUCUCAAUUCUCUAAGCACUUUAUGUUCUUUGAAAGGCAAGUUAUUUCGUGGCUUAAUUAGUUCAAUCUCAGCGAGUUGAGCUUUAACUUCCUCUAAAUAAGUUUCUAGCGCAACUGAUCGUUGAACUGGAGGUUCCCAGUUUGAUUUAACGUGAAAGGGGUGUUGUUCACUCUCCUUGUUGUGAAAAAUAUAUCGGAGGCGCAUUCGCCUCGCGAACUGUUUAAAGUCUAGCAGCAAUUUUUGCCGGAUGCGAUUCUCUUCUAGAACCGGUGUUUGGAUAAAAUUCAACCCCUUUGAUAGUAAGUUGAUCUGAUCAGUUGUCAUUUUGCAAUUUGAGAGGUUUUUAAUGUAUCUUUGGUUAAACUGAGUGUUUAUCCUGUUUGUGUCUCGCCUCCUAUUGCUUCUUCGCGAGUGGUUUUUUUCAUUUCUGAUUUUUCGUUUUUCUUUCUCCCUCCCUUUGACUGAAGAGUCAGUAAAUACACAGGGAUAAGAUUCACUUUCUUUAUUUUGUAAAGCUUUCAUCAUUUCUUCCACUUUCUUGAUUUUGUUUGUUAGCUCUGUAGCUAAAACUAGUGCAUUCUCAGUGCGGUUUUCUUUUUCCGGUCGUGGCUGGUUCUUAAUUUGAUCAGGAUUGUUCGUUUUCUUUCCUCUGGUUACGUUUGGUCUUUGCUCCAGUUGUUUGAGCUUGAUUUUGUUGCUUUCUGCUCGUCUGUAGUGGUAGCGUGUGAACACACGCCGAUAAGUUUCUGUUCAGCUUCUCUGCGGAUGUGGCUGAUGUCACUUUUGAAUUCACCGUCCGGCACGAUGUUGACUCGUACGUUGUACCUCAGGUCUUUAGGGCACGUUUUCUUCUCGGUGUGUGCCUUCAGUUUCUUAAUAGACGAUUCGGAUUUUUCAACUUUCUUUUCCAGAGUAGAGGCGCUGUAUCUGUUAUAGCGAGGUCUCUUGUUGGGGAUGUUGUCUUUCCUUCCUUCUCUGUGGCGGCGGUUACGGUCGGGCGGUGUUGUGCUACCGGUUUGCAAAGUAGAUAAGGAACUGCUUCGCUUAAUUUCGCUUUUUUUUCGCAAACUUUAGUGCACAGUGAAAACGCCACCCUGCGGUAACCAGAAAUAGUUUACUUUGAAAAACACAACUAAGUUGUUAUUUGUAGGUGUGAGUGCAUUCAUUUCAUUCAUUUUACCACUUAAAGGUAAAGAAAGCUGAAAUUUGAUGAUUUCCCCUGGAAAAAAAAAAGGGGGGUCUUAGUUUUCCGGGUCUUAGGUCUUAGGUCUUAGUUUUCCGGACACCCGUAAAAAAAUAUACAAUUUUAAUACACUCUGUAAAAUGGACGUCGCUAAGAUUUCAAGUUGCGGGCAAAUAUCACAAGAAGAUAGGGAAUGAAACAGCUAGGGAUUUCUUUUGGUUCUUUUUUUCUUCUAUUUUCCUAUGAAAGUAUCAGGUCACGUAGGGCCAUGUCAAAAUAGCCAGGGAAAAUCCCCGGCCCCCGGCUCUUAAUGACAGCCCUGUAAAUCAAGCUUUACCUCUUGUAUCUAGAUAAAGAUAAGGUAAUAAAGAUGCACAAAAAUUAACCUUAGAAUGAACACAUAUUACAGAGCAGGUAUGAAACAUUUUCAGUUUCAUAUUUCAAAAAAAGUGUACCAUAGUGGCUGAGUCUGUAACAAUUUAUUUUUUUGUUUUGUUCAGUGAGGUCUCUAACAACUAAAUAAUGAAUUACUGAAUACAGUGGAACCUUGAUUUUAUUAGCCCCUAUAUAUUGACCUCCUCAGUAUAAUGAACAUAAUUUACAUGGAAAAGUACCUCAACAUAACCUUGUUAUAGCAAACAUACAUUUUGUCAGUUCCUUGGCCCUUAAUAAUUAAGGGCCAAGGAACUGACAAUUAUUGUAACAAUUAUUGUAACAGGGUUCCACUUGUAAAUGCAGUAAUAAAAGGCUAUCAAAUGUAUGAAUGUUUGUAAAUGAAUAACAAUAAUAAUGAGAGGAUAUUUUCCCCAGUAAAGCUCAACUAAGCUCACAGAAAUGUCCUGGAUUUAAUACACUGGAAAGUUAUUAUGUGUUUUUGUCGCAACAGGGUUGAGAAAUACAGACCCAAUAGUUUGGAGGAUCUUAUUUCCCACAAGGAUAUCAUUACAACAAGUAAGUUACUUUUCCCAGGGCCAACCUAUGUACAACUAGUAGCCAGUAAAGAGCCCCUCGUCAAGUAUUGAUAGACUUGGCAAUUCUUCAGUACUUGAUGCGGAAAUCAUAAUUUCAUAUACAGUAGAUGCCCAAAUUGGCAUUCUACGUUGCAUAGAUUCUCUCCUUUGAUUUGGUGUGUACUGAAUGUACAAUGUGUGGUUCCAAAAAUUAUCCAUACCUCCCCCAUGGAAGGGGUUUUUUCUUAGAUCCCCCCCCCUCUCUGGAAAUUCCAGUCAAGCUUCAUACAUUUACGUACAUUUUUGGGCCUUUGAGAACCCCCCACUCCCCAGGAAUUUCCAAUCCCUUCUGUGGGGGGAGUGUAGAUAUUUUCUGAAACUACACAAUAUAAAGUGGAAAAUUUGAAGUACCCGUAAGUUAAUAUGAGAACUUAGAGGACCUUUAAUUUGUGUUUCUUUUUUUACAGAAACAUUCUAGUUUACUGAUAUAUUUUAAAAGAUCUUUCACAUGACUAUGAUUAAUUUUACAAUGACAGUAUUUUAGAGGAUCCUGGCAAUACAUUGUAAGAAAAUUAAAUGUUCAUCUACAUGUAUGUCUGGAAGUAACACUACUAGCAUCUUAUUUUGGACAUUGUUUGUUGCUGUAAGCAAAUUUACAGGAGUGCACUGUAUUGGACUUAAGUUAACACUACACAUUUUUGUUGGCAGUUAAGCGAUUCAUUGAGGAGGAUCGUUUGCCUCAUUUGUUGUUCUACGGUCCACCUGGCACUGGAAAAACAUCCACCAUCCUUGCUGUUGCUAAACAGAUUUAUUCUGCCAGAGAGUUUAACUCCAUGGUUCUUGAGGUGAGGGCAUAUCUUGGAAAGAAUAAGCCGCAUGAUGGAUACAGAAUGAUGACUGUGUUUGUCCAACAUUUCUUCAUAAUAUAGCCAAACAACAGUCAUUCAAAAAUGUACCAUCUUGAUUUGACAUUAAACAAGUACCAUGCUUGAUAGGUCUUAUCAGUAAUCAUUACCUGUAUUAAAAUUGAUAAUGUGGGCUUUUUUGCACUCUUCGAGAAAAAAUAAUUACAUUUUCGUCUCAUUUGUUUUGUUAAUAAAGGCACUUGAAGAGAACUCUCUGAGUACUAUGUAUCUGUUGUGGUUUAAUUUUAUCCUUGGUUCAAAUUUUAUUUUCCUUUGUUUUUGGGUAUGGUAACGUAUGAUUAUGAAUAUUGUAAACAAAGGAAAAUAUAAUUUAAACCAAGGAUAAAAUUGAACCACAACAUAUCCACAAAAUGGCUGUUUCAUUCCUCACUGGCAAUUAACUUACUAUAAUUCAAAAUGUUCAUGUCUGUUUUUGGGUUACUUCUCUUUGUUGUGCUAACCACAUGUACAUACAGUACAUGCACAGUAUACUGGUUUUCUCUAAAAUGUUCUGUGCAUUCUGUUGCAGCUGAAUGCAUCAGAUGAUCGUGGUAUUGGCAUUGUCCGUGGAGCUGUUCUUAGUUUUGCAAGCACAAGAACAAUUUUUAAGUAAGUUCCUGCUUGGGAUUCUUAAUUACACUGUGGUCUGCAUUUUGUAUCAUUGUUUUUGUUUUCUGGGCUCAAAUGACAUGGCGUGUCCUUUGACCUUUGUAGAUCUGGUUUCAAGCUUGUGAUCUUAGAUGAAGCAGAUGCCAUGACUCAAGAUGCACAGAAUGCCCUAAGAAGAGGUACAGUGUAUAGUUUCAUGUAAAUAUCAAUGUAAAAAUAAUGCACGAUACAAAGUCAACCAAGCAGUGUCUUAGUACAUGUAGGUAUGGUGUUUGAUGCUAUACUGACAUUGUUUUUUGAUGUGCUUUGCAUUGCAGUAAUGGAGAAAUUUACAGAGAAAACAAGGUUCUGUUUGAUUUGUAACUACCUGACCAAGAUAAUCCCAGCUCUGCAGUCUCGCUGCACACGAUUUAGGUUUGGACCUCUUGACAAUGAACAGAUGACAACACGACUUGAGCAUGUCAUCAAAACAGAGGGGUAUGUUUGCACCAGGUCUUGAGCUGUCAAGUAUUAUUUUUUAAUUGUUGACAUGCAUUUUUAUUGUAUAGCUUGUAAUGGUGACCAUUUUGGUCAUGCAGUGUAAUAAUACACUUCCAGAUGAGUAAGAUUCUCUCCUUGGAGACUGAAAAUAAUGGCAAUAAUUUAAAAAAUCAAUAAUAUUAUCAUUUUUUUUUUCAGUGUUCAAGUUCCAGAGGAUGGUAUGAAAAGCUUGGUCAGACUAGCCAGUGGGGACAUGAGAAAAGCACUCAAUAUUCUCCAGGUAAGCAAUUUGCAAAGAUUGAAACAGAAUAAUAUUUUUCCUUCCGUGCAGGGUUUUCAAUAAGAACUGGCAGCUGGCGAAAUUCACUGAAUAAAAACGCCAAAAUUUAAUGAUGUCUGUGUUCUGUUCAAACUCUCUUGCUCCAGAGUGCUGGAAAUGCAUUGUAAAAGGUCCAGAUUUCACAAUUUUUGUCGGGGGUGGCAGUGGCAUGCAUGGUGAGACUUAAGAGUUUUGAGACCUUAUUCUACAUGUAUAAGAGAUCUAGUCAGGCUAAAAUUACCACGUAUACUAAAAAUCAUUGAUUAUGAAAUGGCUGUCUUCCACUACAACACCACUGGGUUGAAAUUCUUGUCUUGGUGUCAUUUGAUGUCUUGCAAACUUUUUCCUUCUCUGUUCCUAAUUCUAUGCACCGUGGCUUCUUUUGUUUUCAGAGCACAGCCAUGGCAUUUGACAUUGUAAAUGAAGUGAAUGUUUACACAUGUACAGGACAACCUUUAAGAUCAGAUAUUGCAAAUAUAGUUGAAUGGAUGCUUAAUGAGGACUUCAAUACUGCAUUCACUAGUAUCCUUUUCACGCAAGCUAGGAGGCUCUUGUAUGCGACCACUUCUGAUAAGCAACUGCCGAUCCAGGAACACCGAAAUUUUCCCAGUUGGAACCUCUCAUAAACAACCACCUGUAAAUAUCCACGACCACGUUUAAGGGCUGGCAGUUUAGCAAUUUUCUCUUGUUUUUUAUGUCUGCUCUAUGUACUCUGCUACUUAGAGAGUACGAAGAACUUUUGGUGGCAACAUGGCACAUACAGCACAUACAGUCUAAUGUGCAUGCACUGAAUUGUCUUUCAUGAAAUAGAUGUGUCCAGAACCCUUCUCAGAAUAGACGCUUUCUUGUUUGAUUCUUGUAAACGACCACCAAGUCUUUGCUUUUUGGGAAGGUUUGACUGAUUAGUAUUAUGGUGGAAUGUAAUGUCAGAGUGAUGGGAUGUUUAAGGGAAUUUAAAUGCUAAAUAAUAGAAAUUCCCUUUGCUUUAUUGCAUAUUGUUCUCUUUUUGCCCCUCUUUCAAAUGCCUGCCAUGCCAUUGGUGUUCAUUUUCGCCAAGAAAUAUUAAAUAGUCAUUAGAUAAAUGGGAAUGAGGUGUAUAGGACAUGUUUUAGUCUGGAUAUUUAUAGAACUUGUCAAAACAUGAAGAUAAUCAUUUUAAUAUUUUCCUGCAUCUUUAAUUCUCUUAUGCAGCUGUACAGUGUACAUGAGCAAAAAUAAAAGGCUGCCCCCAUAUUACAAACAAUAAAAUUAUAGCCUCUUAUUUACAACUGGUGAAAAUGAUGUUUUUACCAUUCUGUCAUGUGUGAAUGUGUAGAAAAGAUCCUGGACAGUCAAUUAUCUUCAUUUCCUAUGACUACAGUUAUUUUAUUUUAUUAGCUUCGCCUGUUACUGAACAAUGAAUAACAAACAAAUGCUUAAUAGGCACAGUUGCCACAACAGCGGCAAGCCAUGUGGUCCCAGUUAAACCUUUCCUAAACAGCAACCUUGGGGACAGAAGGAAGGGGCCAUUGUAGAAAGGUGGCCAUUGUAGAGACGGUUAAACAAUAGUCAAUGUAUGGACUGUCCGCCAAAAAGUGGAGAGGGGUGGCCGUUAGUGGAGGUUCAACCUUAUAAAUAAAUGUUCAUUAUACUGACUUACCUAAUAUACGGUAAGAGACUGAAUACCGGUAUUAAAUCUUUUCCCAAGACAUGCUCCUUGAAAUAAUGUCAUUCAAUAAUUGUAGCCUUAACCUGUUAACAGACAUUAUGAAGCUUAAAACUUUAAAAGGACUAGCUCUUCAGGAUAUUCUCACUGAGGUUCAUCUGUAUGUUCAUAGAGGUUAGUUUGUACAACAGUACAGAAGCUGUUUAACAUACAAUGUAAUUUAAAACCACACCUUUUUGCCUGAAUUUUAAGCUGAAAACUGUGGGUGUGGAUUUUUGGCUUUAUGUUAAGCACAUUAACUCUACCUCUCUUCAGUGCCCAAAAUAAUUUCCAGGUGAUGGCCAGACACAGUGACUGGCCAAAGAAAUUUUUGCUUGGUCAGGUCUCAUUUUUGACGGACCAAAAAUGAAAAAAAAGCCAACUAAUCCAUUUUCUAUUUAUGAACGUGAUUAUAUUUUUUCAAAAACGCAAAAUCUAAGAUUUACUGGUGAGGAUUUGGCUAACUUUUUAAGAAUUCACAACUGCGUCACUUAGUGGAGGUGGGUGCCUGGGAUGUUCAGGGGCUUCCACUUUUGGCACAGCCAACCCCUAGACAAAGUCACGCCCCCCAUAGCUGGCAAACCUGCGCCCUCCAGCCAUGAGCCCCCACUCCAAUGGAGCCAGGCACCUGUCACACUGAUUUAUCAGUGGAAAAAUAAAUGGGGGAGGGAUGGGGGUAAAAGAAUGAUCCAAAGGCUAAACGAAGAGAGUGGCCGUCAGGAAAACGUUGUACUGAGCACAUUGGAGGUGAUGCAAGCAAGGCUGACUGCACUUUACCCAAAUGAGUGACCGUUGACCACGCCCUCGCUCCUCGUUAUUAACUGUGUUAAAUAAAUUUAACCUCACUAAAUUUGAGUGUGUUUGACUGGUCAACUUGACCAGCGAGUGAAGUUUGUGGCUGGUCAAAUUGCCUUCCUGGCCAGAAAUUGUCCAUUGACCAGCCAUUAUUUUGAGCCCUGCUCUUACAAAUCAAUGUGUUCUCCCUUACAGUUAACUUUCCUCAGAAGAUCAGAAUUCAGUUAUUGGAGAAGCUUGCAGAUGUUGAGUAAGUAAAGGCAAAUCCAUGUUAUGUACUAAACGUAAUAGGCCAUUUUAUUUAUGCUUAAAAAACUCUUACUUUCAAGAUGAGGCCAGCCCCCAGUUUUUCUGUAGGUGGAUAGCGAUAUCCACUGGAUAAAUCUCCAUCCACUGGAUAGCGCAAUUGGUUUCCCUGAUAAAAGUAAGUGAUUUUUUCGGUGGAUAGCGCUAUCCAUGUUUUGAACAACUGGGACUAGGAGCUAAACCUUGUUAAUGCUCUGAGGGCGAAGGGAAGGAAAGUGGGCUCCCUACACUUUGACACACACACACACACACACACAUCAAGUUUGCAAAGUCGAUGAAUUAAAAUAAUACCAAAUAAAGGGUUGUGAAUGGUGUAGUUGUUAGACACAUGUAUGACAUGUAUUGAAGUAUGAUGUGGGUAAGAAAAGUACAAUCCAACGUUCUUCUCUGUGCAUGUACAAUGUAUGUUGCUGGCAUAUACAUUUACACGUAUGAUUAUGUCCUGGUUCAGUUUUAUCUUGGUGUAAAUGUUAUUUUCUUUUGUUUCAAACUGGUUAUCAUACAUUACCAUACCCCAAAACAAAGGGAAAUAAAAGUAAGCCAAGGAUGAAAUUAAACUACAACAUGCACAUGAUGUGUCACUUGCAACUCAUUUUUCAAGCUUUGAGAAUUGAGAAUUGAGUUUAAAAUGACCUUUUUUUGCUAAAGACAGUCGUCUAGAGGCAUUUAACGUCUGAGACGUUAAAGUUGUCUGGUGUAGAAACGAAAUGUAUAAAAGUAACCGAAAACAUUGAAAAAAAGAGUUUUCUGAAAAAAGACAAAACACUGACUCUCCCAGUCGAUUCUUGACAGGUUGGGGCAUCAGUGUGUUCUGCAGUUUAGGACGUCCCGUUUUUAUACUAGAGGAAUUUAACUGAGACGUUAAGGUCGUCUGUUACGUGCGUUUGAAUGACGCACUUAACAGAAGACGUUAAUGUCAUCAGACGUUAAAUGCGACUGUCUUAUUUGCCGUUUUGCAUGAGACGUUAGAGAAAGACGAUUUUAACGUCUUAUACGACUUGAACGUCUCUAACAUAAAAACGGAUAAUGUCUAGUUACAGUUGGCGGCCCUGAAAUGCCAUGAAAAAAAGUAAACCAACAAGAAAUCGGCUUUUCACUGUUUUCAGAUACCGCCUGGCAGCGGGAACGUCAGAAAAAAUCCAGCUGAGUUCUAUGAUAGCAGCUUUCCAAGUCGCCAGAGAUAUGGUUACUCCUGAUUCUUAAGAAUCAGUGUUAAACUGUUAAGUGAAAUUAAUUCUAACCACGUGUAUUCGCAUGCAGGGGGUUUUGCUUUUCGCCUUAUGGAGGCCUUCUAACUAGUCAUAAAGCAAUACUUUUGAAUUGUGUGUUGCAUCUCAGUGACCACAAUUACAAUACCCGCCAAAAAUGACUUUGACUUCUUAAGUAAGAGUAGGCUUUCGCACCUUUACUUGGAAAUGCUUUGAAAUAAGAUUAUUGGGGGUGCUACCUGUUAUGUAAUAAUGCCACAAGCAAAAAAGUGUUUAGUAUUAUAAUAAACGGUUUACG